UUAGAAGACUUUCUCCAUUAUUUACUCCACUUUUCUCCACAUCUCCUCCGCCAUCUCUCUCUCUCUCUAGACUCUAAUCGGCAAUGGGUAAAGGCGGAGCAGCGCUCUCAGACGGAGUGGUGAAGAAGAUCAUCCCAUCGUACACGUACGUGGCGAUAUGGAUCUUCCUCUCCUUCACGGUAAUCGUGUACAACAAAUACAUCCUCGACAAGAAGCUCUACAACUGGCCGUUCCCAAUCUCCCUAACCAUGAUUCACAUGGCCUUCUGCUCCUCCCUCGCCUUCGCCGCCGUCCGCCUCUUCAAAAUCGUCGAGCCCGCCUCCCUCAGCCGCCGCGUCUACCUCACCUCCGUCGUCCCCAUCGGCGCACUCUACUCCCUCUCCCUCUGGCUCUCCAACUCCGCCUACAUCUACCUCUCCGUCUCCUUCAUCCAGAUGCUCAAAGCCCUAAUGCCCGUCGCCGUCUACUCCAUCGGAAUCCUCCUCAAAAAGGACAGCUACAAGAGCAACACCAUGUCCAACAUGCUCGCCAUCUCCGUCGGCGUCGCCAUCGCCGCCUACGGCGAGGCCAAGUACGACUCCUGGGGGGUUUUCCUCCAGCUUGGCGCCGUCGUUUUCGAGGCUACCAGGUUGGUUAUGAUUCAGAUUCUGUUGACCUCAAAAGGGAUUAAUUUGAACCCAAUUACUUCCCUUUACUACGUUGCCCCUAGCUGCUUCGCUUUUCUUGCAAUUCCAUGGCUCUUUGUUGAGUACCCUGUGCUUAAGCAGCAAACAUCUGCGUUCCAAUUCGAUUUCGUGAUUUUCGGGACUAAUUCACUCUGUGCAUUUGCCCUAAACUUGGCUGUGUUCUUGUUGGUUGGAAAGACUUCAGCUUUGACCAUGAAUGUUGCUGGGGUUGUCAAAGAUUGGUUGCUAAUUGCCUUCUCUUGGUCUGUGAUUAAGGAUACCGUUACUCCGAUGAAUUUGUUCGGGUAUGGGUUGGCAUUUUUGGGGGUUGGGUAUUACAAUCACUGCAAAUUGCAGGCUUUGAAGGCAAAGGAAGCGCAGAAGAAAGUUCAGCCGACCGACGAGGAAUCGGGGAAGCUUUUGGAGGAGAGGGAAGGAGAUGGAAUGGGGAAGAAGGGUGAUUCGCAAGCUUAAUUUGGAAAUUUUAUGUAGCUAGAAGAAAAAAAAGGAAGAGAAAAAGAAUUUUAAUUUAAAUAAUUGAGGAAGAAAUCUUGGGUUUUAAUUUGCAGGUUGACUUGUGGUGUUUAUCAAUGGAUCUGGGAUAUCUAGGUACGUUGUCGAACUUGAAUGAAGGAUGAUCUGUCAAUGGUGCAUUCGUUUUUGGUUGUUAAUGAUGGUGGUGUUUGAGAUCCACAUUUCUUUCUCAAGAUCUACCGGUUUAUCGUUUAUGUAUUAUUAUUACAUUAGUAGUUUCGGAAAAAAAAAAAAAAAAAGAUGCAUUUCGAUUCCGUAUUUCCCCCCUUCGGUUUCUUGUUUAUUUAAAUCUCCCUUGUAUACUUGUUCGAUCUUUUCAUUAUAAUAUUACCGGCACUUGAGACUCAAUAUGAACCGAUACGAAUUCCAUUAUGUUGGGAAA